GGUGAAGGGGAGAAGAUGAAGAGAGCGCAGCGUAACCCCAUCUCCCCUUCUUGUCAUUGCAGUGGAGUGGCCAGAUCGGACAGCAAGCUCAGCGCCAAGGCCCUGUAUGAACAGAGGAAAAAAUACUCCAACUCCAAUUUUAUUAUGCAUGAGACGUCACAGUACCAUGUCGAGCAUCUCUCCACGUUUAUUAUGGACAAGACAGAGUCCAUUGCAACGGUGGACGAUGCCAUCAAGAAACUUGUCCUCCUUGAUUCAAAAGACAAGAUCUGGACCCAGGAGAUGCUCCUACAGGUCACCGACAAGUCGGUCAGGCUGCUGGACUGUGACACACAGGAGGAACUGGAGAACUUUCCUCUCCCGACCAUCCACCUGUGUCAGACGGUGCUGAAUCAGACACGCUAUCCCUCAGUGCUGCUACUCGUGUGUCAAGACAAAGAGCAACACAAACCCGACAUUCACUUCUUUCACUGUGACGAGGUGGAGGCUGAGAUGGUUCAUGCAGACAUUGACAGUGCCAUUGGGGACAACAAGCAUGGAAAGAAAAUGAGGCUUCAGACACUGAAGGUAAACCAGGAAAAAAUGAAGCGUCACAGAGAAACCAUCCUCCCCCCUAAGGGCCCGUCGCCAGCUCCUGCUCCGAAAGGACGUGUGGCAGCUACAAGCACAUCACAACAACAGGAGAGACGAGUGUCUGGACAAAAUGACACUGAGUCCCACGAAAACCUGGCCCAGCGCAUUGAGAAGGAUGUGCAAAUCCUUAACUGUGCCCUGGAUGACAUAGAGAUCUUUGUGGCGCGCCUACAAAAGGCAGCAGAGGCCUAUGCCCAGCUCAACCAGCGCAACAAGAGUAAGAAGAAUAAGAAGAAAGGACCAGCAGAGGGCAUGCUGACCCUGCGCGCCAAGCCCCCCUCUGAAGAAGAGUUCAUUGAUAGCCUGCAGAAACUGAAGCUGGCCUUCAACCUCUUGGCCAAACUGAAGAAACACAUACAGAAUCCAAAUGCAUCUGAGCUGGUGCAUUUCCUCUUUGGCCCUCUGGAGCUGGUACUACAGAGCUAUGGCACUCCUGAACUGGCACGUUCGAUAAUCUCCCCUCACCUGUCCAAAGACACUGUGGACUUCCUGCGAGGACAUUUGACGCCCAAAGAGAUGACCAUCUUUGAGCUGUUGGGUGACGGAUGGACAAAACCCAGAGCAGAGUGGCCUAAGGAUCAGUGUGCUCCUCCUUACUUCCCCAAGUUUCGUAAUGGCUGGGAGCCCCCGGCAGAUCUGUUCAGGACUGCCCCAUGGGAAACAGAGGGACCCGAGACAGGGAAGCAGAGGGAGAGUUAUUAUGGAACUCAUUCUUCAAGCUCUCCAAAUGGAUCAUACAAUGGAAUGCCCCACACUCGGAAAUAUGCCAAAAUUCUCUACCACUUUGUAGCAAGAAAUGCCAACGAGUUGUCAGUGCUGCAAGAUGAAGUCCUUGAGGUGAUUGAGGAUGACAAACAGUGGUGGAAACUAAGGAAUCGCAGUGGGCAGACUGGUUAUGUACCAUUCAACAUACUGGAUGUCGUAGAUGAGCCAGAAGGCAUCUACAACCAGCAGCAGCAGCAGCAGCAGCAUUACAGGCCGUCACCUCCUGGUUCCCUGACUCCUGGCCAAAAGAUGGAGAAAGUCAAUGACGAGUUGUUGAAGAAAAUCACUGAGAGCAAAACUCAGCCCAACACCAAAAAAUUUCGUGUGGACCGAAGUGGAAAUGGCCCCCAAAUACCACUCACAUACGACUCAAAUCCUGAGCAGGUCACUGCUUGGCUGAGCUCAAAAGGUCUCUCAAAACCGACGGUUGAAUGUUUGGGGAUCCUGACUGGAGCUCAGCUGUUUUCCCUCAACAAAGAAGAACUGAAGGCAGUGUGUGGAGAUGAAGGCGGUCGAGUCUUUUCUCAGAUCACUGUGCAGAAAGAACAGCUGGAGAAGAACAACGGGGACUCAGAGCUGCAAGAGAUCAUGAGGCGAAGACAAGAGAGGAUCAACUCUGGCAGCAAGGACUGAACCUGUCGACUAGAACGAUGCAUCCCAACGCUUUCUUUCAUCCUUGCUUUCAAACUGCAGCAACUUCAUAAAUCAAACUACUGUUAAUUACAGUAGUGCACUGUAAUUGAUGUUGUACAAAUAUUAAUUUUAUAUUUAUUUUAUAUCACUUCAUAUAUUCAGUGUUUUGUCUAAUUUUUUGCUUUUAUUUUCAUUGUUUCAUUCUAAUUUGUUGUUUAAACAUGUAUGUAAGGAGAAACAUGAAUAUAUGUACAGGAUGGUGUGUAUGAAUGUGUGUCUGUGCAUGUGUAUGCACAACAUGCAUGUACCAGAUGUUAUGUACAGUACAUACAGUGUAGUUGAUGUUUAUACUCUGUCAAUAUAGCAGCUGUUUACUAACUGGCUUGGUAAAAACUAGAUGUUAGUUAUUGCAAUUCAAAUCUGUGCCAGAAUCUUAAAAACACAUUUUCUCAUAUAUAGCCAAUUAUUUUCAUACAACUGUUUACAGGUCCACUGAUGAUAAAACAUGCCCUGUGUCCUCCUCGCAGCUAUCAGAAAUACCAUGCUUAAUAUCACAGUUAGUAUCACAUCAUUAGUAGACAGUAAUUAAAGAAUCCCAGUGACUUUGAUCAGAAUUUUAUGAAUUUUGGUCAUUCUGGCAAUCUCGCACCACUGAGAAAAUUAAAAUAAUUCUGCAUGAAGUCCUUGUCAAUAGUGAGAUGCUGUCAUUAUUGUAACUUUUUUUGCAGCAUGGUAUUUUGCUGUGUUAACUGCGAAGAUAUGCAAGAAAAAUGAUGAACAUACAGUAUGUUGGAGAGUAUGUUGACCUUGUAUGAAAAGGGACUGUAAAUAUUAAGGGACACAGUGUUUAACAAGGACAUGAAUCCAUAAACUUGGUAAGUCUUUGAUA